GCUCUCUCCUCACUCCCUCACCGGCUACAACACAGGCACGUGAACACACACACAGGUGACUCCACGGACACCUUAUCUUAAACAGGAUGCAUGUGUCCCGGCCAUGGGCAGUGGUGGUGACAGUGGCGGUGGUGAUGGCCCUACCCACACCCACGCAAGGGGGGUGGCUAGACAUUGUAAAAGCCAUCGUAGUACCUGCAGCGAGAGAAACCAUCAAGACACAAGAAAUCACGCUGCUGGAUCACUACUGCACGUUGUCGAGGAGUCCCUACAUUAAGAGGUUUGAGCUGCACUACAGAGCGAGUGUGACCUGCCCUGGCUGGACCAGCAUUAAGGGAAGAGGCUCUAAUCACAGAAACCCAACCAACUCCGAGAAAGACGCUCUGAAGGACUUUAUGACGCAGGCGGUGGCGGCAGGACUAGUCACUAAGGAAGAAGCGGCACCCUGGCUCAACCACCGCUAAGCCACACCCAGCACACCCUUCACUCCCCUUCUACACUUCUUCCUUGGACUGUAUUUCUAAGCGUUUCGGCGACUAAUCUCGACUGCAUUUGACAGGUUGUAGUAAAAGUUAUUGUCAUUUUCAAAAGUGCUUUCAUGUUUCUAGUAUCAGUUUAAUACUGACUCUACGUCUUUAAUAGUCUCUGAUUGAAUUAAUUAUUGUUUUGCUUUCAGUGUGUUUUCAUGGUUCUAGUGACAAACAGGAUUCUAUCGUCACCUUAAUGCAUUACGGUUUUCAAAGGUGUUUUUUUUUUCUUAUUUUACCGAUAGUUUAACGAAUAUUCCGCUACUAAAGCUUGUCUUCUCAAACACUUCUGUGCUUCACCACCACUAUUUCUUAGGCUCCUAUCUAAAUGUACACAGGUUUCUAAGGUAUUUUGAUGGUUCUAGAGGCAGAGUGACAAGAAUUUUACAUUUAUACUGAAGAAACACUCUUGAAAACCCGCUAAUCAUCUCCAUGGCUCUUGAAAGUAGUCAUGGCGAGAGAGCAAAGAGCUUCUGAAUACGGACCUAAGACACCAUCAAGGUCAAGGAUGUUUUCAUGACUCUAGUAACUGUAAAGAAUUGUGCAUCAUCAAUGGGAGGGAAAGAAUCACUCAUGAGAAUCUCACUAUCAUCUCUGUGGCAUUAUGGGAAAACAUUUACGAAUACAAGUCCCUUUUUUUGCCAACAAAUUAGUGCUAUUACUACUACUACUACUACUACUACUGUCAAUGUCACCACCAUCACUUUCCUAAUCUGCAAUGCGACCUUUAACUAUUGCCUGACUGUGAAUGUGAUACUAUUUAUAAUAUUUGUUACUAGACAUAAAAACAUAAAUAGACAUAAAUUA